AUGGAGGCUGUUCUCCUAACCCAGUCCUCUGUCUCUUCUCUUCCUCCUCCUCCUCCUCUCUCUCUCUCUCUCUCUCUCUCUCUCUCGCACAGGAACACCAAGAAGGAGGCUGACCUGGCCGGGGCGCUGGCUCGGCUCAAGGACCUGGAGUCCCUGUUGAACUCCAAGGAAGCCACUCUGGCCACAGCACUGGGGGAGAAGCGCACGCUGGAGGCGGAGCUCCGGGAACUGAAGGCUCAGCUGGCCAAGCUGGAGGGAGGUCUGAGCGAUGCGAAGAAGCAGCUGCAGGAUGAGAUGCUGAGGAGAGUGGACGCAGAGAACCGCCUGCAGACCUUGAAAGAGGAGCUGGACUUCCAGAGAAACAUCUACAAUGAGGAGCUGCGGGAGACGAAGCACCGGCAUGAGUCCCGGCUGGUUGAGAUUGAUAGCGGGCGGCAGCUGGAGCUGGAGAGCAAGCUGGCCGACGCACUGACUGACCUGCGAGCUCAACAUGAGGAGCAGCUGAAACUGUACAAGGAGGAGGUGGAGAAGACAUACAGUGCCAAGGUACCAGCCACCCACAAACUCAUCCAUACAGCCAUCCAGCCAUCCAACCAACCACAAACCCAUCCACCUACCCACCCACCCAUACAGCCAUCCAGCCAUCCAUCCACCCACCCAUACAGCUAUCCAUCCAUCCAACCAACCACAAACCCAGCCAUCCAGCCAUCCAGCCAUCCAUUCACCCACCCAUACAGCUAUCCAUCCAUCCAACCAACCACAAAUCCAGCCAUCCAGCCAUCCAGCCAUCCAGCCAUCCAUUCACCCACCCAUACAGCCAUCCAUCCAAGCCCCCACCCAUACAGCCAUUCACCCAUACAGCCAUCCAUCCAUGCACCCACCCAUACAGCUACCCACCCACCCAUCCAUAAGCCAUUCACCCAUCCAGCCACCCAGCCAUUCAUCCACCCGCCCAUACAGCCAUAA